GACGAAAUCCCGAUCAACAGCAGAGCUCGACUAGCCCGGCUGCAGACCCUGUCUUAGCAGCCCUGGCCCAGCUAGGGCUAUAUCGAUUGGGUUGUAGUCAGGCCUUUGUUACGAUCCUCGAGGACAAUGAACCAUAUGUGAUUGCGGAGGCCACCACCACGAAUUCGGCGACAAGGAGUACCGCAGAAGAACCUAGUCUCGUAGGUGUUGAAUCGCUUGGCCCUGACGAGUCUGAGAAAGGACUGGAAGACACAAAGGAUACCUCUCGUGUGAUCCGGGAUAUAAGCGUGACGGAGGAGAGCGUGAAAAGCCAUCCUCUGAUUCUUCGACGGCCUCGUGCUCGAUUGUAUGCGGAGGUCCCGCUGCGUGGCUCCACGGGGGAGAUGAUCGGGUCAUACGGUGUUCUGGAUGAUGCUCCUCGCCUUUCUUGGGGACCCAGAGAGUUGGACGAUCUUCGCGACGUUGCCGGGCUCGUUGUAGCACAUCUAGAAAAUGUCUGGGCCGUGGAGUACCACCGUCACUCUCAACGCCAGCUCGAUGCGCUCGUCACGUUUGUCGGGGGGCAGUCUGAUUUCCAAGAGACUGAGCGAAAGCCUCGCAAGAAGAGCAGUGGCGCAAGCAACAGCAUGUCUUCUCGCCCCUCGGACGUUCCCAGUAUUGAACAUCUUCCGGUGUCAAGCAUCGCUCCCGGUGAAAUUCUUCCUAUACGAACCAAACCGCACCACCCAGAAACCACAGCCAACUCCUUGAACGAACAUCAACUACAACUUUCGCCGCGAGAAAAGCACCAGCAACAUGUAAGGAGGUGCUCCGAGGAGACAAAUAAUAUCGUUCUCGUGACCGAGACGGGUUCUCCACGUCGGACAUCCUGGAUUUUCUCUCGGGCCAGCACACUACUUCAGGAAUACAUGGAUAUUGACGGUGUUAUGUUUUUUGAUGCCGCUCGAAAUAACUCUAGAAGCUCUUCCAAUGCCAGCGCCAGCGACUGGGACAUAAAUUCUCAUGAUGCCGAUUCCGGUAUCUCACAUCGCUCGUUCAGCCAGUCUUCUCAUGGACACUGGUCCGACAAGCUAUGCGAGCCGUUGGGGGUAGCUGUCUCUGAGAAAUCCUCCCUAAAUGGCCCCGGCCAUUCCCGCAGCGCAUUGACUGAAGGAUUACUUCAUGACAUGUUCAAUAUAUUUCCCCACGGCGAAGUCUUUCAUUCGAUUCAAUCAGCCAAAGAAGGUCAUCCCCUUCACCAAUCAGUAGCUCACCGUUUAUCGCACUGCUAUCCUGAUGCAACAUCGAUCGUAUUUCUGCCCCUCUGGAGCUGGGAUAAGUCCAGAUGGCUAGCUGCAGCCGUUGUCUGGACAUGCGAGGAACAAUGGGCAUUUGGAGCCGAGGAUCUCUACUAUCUCAGAGCCUUUGGGGAUUCCAUCGUCUCCGCGUUCUCCCAACUGGAUCGCAGCGCGACCGAGAAGUCCAAGUCAGACCUCCUUGCAUCUGUCAGCCAUGAGCUGCGGUCUCCGCUCCAUGGAAUGCUGGCCAGUUCCGAGCUGUUGCAAACUACGGCAUUGGAACCAGCCCAAAAGGAUAUGGUGACGAUGGUCGAGACUUGCGGUCUCACUUUACUCGACACGAUGAACCAUCUGCUGGACUUCGCGAAAAUCAACAAUCUGACCCGGGUCCAUAAAAAGGGCGGCAGCCAUGAAGCGGACAUGGAGGAUUUGACCUCCGAGUUCGAUCUGGAUACCUUGGUGGAAGAUGUGACUGAUUCCUUGUACGCUGGUCACCGGUCGCUCGUCAACGCCUCGAAAAUGGCCGGUCGCUAUCUUCCUGUUGGAACUGGAGUGGGCCAUAGAGGCGGGGGAGGGACUGAGCCCGAGGAGCCAAAGAACAUGGGGGAUUUAUCCGUUAUCGUCCGCAUCGAGGAGCGGGAGUCAUGGAGGAUUCAAUCCAUCUCUGGGGCAUGGGGACGGAUCAUCAUGAAUCUACUGGGGAAUGCGUUUAAAUUCACGCGUUCGGGGUUCAUCGAGAUCUCGUUGGCCCAAAAGGAAGAGAGACACAACGGCUUCAAGUCAGUGUUCGCGCACCUGACAAUAACCGACACUGGGUGUGGCAUCUCGCGCGACUUCCUAGACAACAAGCUCUUUACUCCAUUUUCGCAGGAGGAUAUCUUAACGGAAGGCGUGGGCUUGGGCCUCAGCAUUGUCCAACAACUAGUGGCCUACGUGGAUGGUCACGUCGACCUCAAGAGCGAAGUCGGUGUAGGCACCCAAGUGGAUGUGUAUAUUCCGGUUGGGUUUGCCGAACCAGAACCACGUCACCCGAGGUUUUUCGAUGCAAUGAAUCGACCCGGUUGCAGGAUCAUGAAAAGAGUCUGCUUGGUAGGAUUGACGCCGUAUGCAGAUCUGAGGGAAGCACCGCGUGGGUUGCUGAGCACAGACGCGAAACGCAAGCUCUCUAUCCGAGGCGCCAUCAGCAACAUUCUCCUCAGUCAACCGGGAUGGAUGCUGUCGUUCGCUGACUCGCUCAACAAGGCAUCUGGCGACAUCGUCGUGCUAGAAGAGUCCACCUUGAAGAAGAUUGCGGAGAAAGGGCCCAUCAAGACUGGAUUCCGAUCCGUUAUUGUCCUGGGGGAGCAUGGUGUUUCCAUUCCGGGGGACUUUACUAUUGAAGGCGCAGAUGUGAUCUAUAUCCCGCAACCACUUGGGCCCCGGAAAGUUAUCCAGGCCUUGCAACGUUUCACAGAAUCCCAACAACCACAUUGCAGCUCGGGUGAGGAAAGCCCUAUCUUCGGCCCGAUGCCCGGAUUUCCGAUGCGAGGACGAUCACUUUCCGAGGCCUUUGCGAUGGCCAAAGGAUCAGAAUCCCCACCAGUGGUCCGGGAAAAUGUGUCCGAGUUUUCCCCUCCGUUGCCACAAGGCUCUGCACAAAGAGAUAUUCAUGUUUUGAUUGUGGAUGAUAACGAUAUUAACCUGAAGAUAUUGGCUACCUUCAUGCGUAAGAUCGGAUGCAGUUACGAAACCGCGUCUAACGGACUUGUAGCCCUCGAAAAAUACCGGAACAGCUUUCGAAAAUUCGACUAUGUCCUGAUGGACAUAUCCAUGCCAAUCAUGGACGGGAUCGUUGCCUCCAGCAGGAUCCGAGAGUAUGAAGAGGAAAAGUCGCUCCCACGAUCGGCCAUUAUGGCUGUUACGGGCGUGGCCUCCAGUGAAAUGCAACAGCAGGCCUUUGCAGCUGGGAUAGAUGAUUACCUGGUGAAACCACUUUCACUUCACGACCUGAAACGAAUUAUGAACAUACCAUGAAAGAUGUACGGAGUACUUGAGAAUUAAUCAUGAAUGAAUCUG